UCAGUGAUGCAUGUGGGGUCACGAACUUCUAUAAGAAGGCGUGAUUACGAUCACCUAUUUCUCACUCUGCAGCCACCAUACGUUGCUAUAGAGGCGAUAAAAUUUAAAAUGAAAUCCUUUGCUUUACUUUUUAAAGCAUGCAGAGGCAGCCGAGUUUGAUCGACGACAUUCAAUGAUUUCAAAACGAAAUUUUUAAAGUGUGAUCCUUAAUAAGACUUCUCCCUCACUCUUUUCUUAUCAGAUGGCAUUCUUAAAGCUGUUUUUCCUUCUGGCUUUGUCCUAUACCUGUAUAUCUAAGAGAGAACUGAGAUAUACCAACACUUGGGCUGUAAAGAUUGAUGGAGAUAUCAACUCUGUAAAGGAUAUUGCUGAAAUGAAUGGAUUUAAUUAUAAAAUGAAGCUUUACUCCAAUUACCAUCUUUUUGAGCACAAGGACCUUCCACAGAUUUCUUCACAUCCAAGUUACACUUACACAGAUGGCCUGAGCCAAGAACCAGUGGUGAAGUGGUUUGCCCAGCAAAUAAGGCAGGAAAGGGCUCUUUAUGAUCAAGCAAUGUCUCUGUCCUUUAAUGAUCCAAGGUGGAGGGACCAGAUGUGGUAUCUGAAUCCUCCUGGUGGGAGAGGAAUGAAUAUUAACGAGGCGUGGCAACAGGGUGUAACUGGGAAAGGGAUUGUUGUCGCAGUUGUUGAUGAUGGCCUACAACAGUCUCAUCCUGACCUUGAAGAUAAUUAUGAUCCCUCAGCAAGUUUUGAUCUAGUGGAUUUUGAUGAAAUACCUGAUCCAAUCGGGAAUUUUUCAGGGCAUGGUAACCGCUGUGCUGGAGUGAUUGCAGCUUCUGCUAACAAUACUGAAUGCGGUGUAGGAGUUGCCUUUAACGCCAGACUUGGAGGUAUUCGUAUUUUUGGAGAAGAAGACGAUGAUUCAACAGAUUCCAUGGAAGCAUUAGCUUUUGAAUACAAGCGAGACUAUAUGGAUAUCUAUUCAUGCAGCUGGGGUCCAGAAGACACCGGGUGGGACAUGGAGGGACCUGGCGAACUUGCAAGGGGCCAGUUGGAAGAAGGGACCAAAACAGGUCGACUUGGCAAGGGAUCGAUUUUUGUCUUUGCCGCUGGAAAUGGAGGACGACAGUAUGAUAGCUGUGCUUACAAUGGAUAUGCCAACAGUGUGUUUACCAUAACAGUAUCUGGAGUCAAUAAGAAUGGAAGUAUCCCAGGAUAUGCAGAGAGGUGCUCCGCUGUGAUGGCUGCAACUUACAGCCAGGAUAAUGAGAGAGGAGUCGACUCAAUCAUCACUUCAGAUCUUGAUAGCACCUGUUCAUCAACAUUUGAAGCCACUUCUGCGGCGACUGCAUUGGCUUCUGGGAUCAUAGCGCUGGCGAUGGAGGUCAAUCCGGAGGUAACGUGGCGUGAUGUGCAGCAUCUGAUUGCUUAUUCAUCCAAUCAUGAUGUGCCUCGUUCUGGUGACUGGAUGCAAAAUGCUGCUGGGCUUUGGGUUAGUAGUUACUUUGGAUUUGGACUCAUGGAUGCUGCAGCUUUGGUAAACUAUUCCAGGUCGUGGCAUACAGUGCCAGAACAGAUCAAAUGCGAGAUUCCUCAACCCAGAGUGAACAGAUUUAUCGGGCAGUAUGGCGACACGGAAGUGACACUGAACGUGUCCAAAUUUAACUGUAAUGGCGAGAACACCAUCCAAUAUUUGGAACACGUGGUCGUUAUAAUUCAGGCCAGGUUUGACAGGCGUGGUUACCUUGAAGGCUACUUGACCUCGCCUAGUGGAACCACAUCUCAAAUCCUUCCAUAUCGCGCAAAUGACGUAAUUGCGACAGAUUUCAAUAAUUGGCCGAUACUUAGCCUGCAAUUUUGGGGAGAAAAUCCUGAAGGCACUUGGAAACUGAAGUUCAGGAACCAUUUUAAAGCCUACAAAUUUUCAGGUUAUUUGUUUAACUGGACUCUUGAUCUUUACGGAACAGUCAGUGAUCCGUUGGAAAAAAAUCCUCAUGUAUCAAGACCUUCCUUCACGAGGACAAACGUGACUACAAGUACAGAAGCCAAGCCGGGUGCUGUUACCCCUGUUACCCGACAUGAAUUAGGGGAUUGUUUGGCCCCCGCUAUUACCCUGAACGUAACAGCGCUGAUAAUGAAACAACAUAAUCAGACUUUGAAUUGCGGAGAAUGGAUUAAGGCUUACGACUACAGGCACCUCGUGCAUGCUUUAAGAAACUUUUGCUACGUUACGGGCUUGUCGAAGACAGAAGUAGCUUUGAUAACCAACGCCGCUGUUCUCGGCUUGGUUAUUUUAGCCGUGUCCUGUUGUAAGUUUGGAGUUUGUCAACGGAAAUCUGGUGCCCAAGAACCAUCCGACCACAUAAAAUUUUCAGCACUAAGUCGCACUUCAACAGAAG